AUGUCAAUUUGAGUACAGUCAAGAACAAGGGGGAGGAGCCUCGGGUACAUAAACAAGUCCAGACUGUACACCAACUGGAGCGACUGCCACACGAUUAAGAUAAAGCAGAAGCAUUAAAGCGGCAAAAACUACUUUACAGACAGCUAAUAAGAUAAGAGUGACAAAGCCCUAACAGAAAAUGAUUAGUAGAAUCCUUGCACAGCUGGUGGGAAGAGAAGAAAAAGACAGUGAUGUUGCAGAAGAAACUGAUAACUGUGCAAACCUCCUCGAGUUUGAUGACGGAGAAUGGGUUAUUAUAAAGAUACAUGAGAAUCAGUCACUUGUUUCAGCCGACACAAACAUUCUUGAGAACCUGUUGAUCGAGCACCCCAGCAUGUCUGUAUACCAGAUGAGGCCUGAUCAGGAAGACCUUGGCUCAGAUGAAGAAACAGAGGACGUGCCCAGGCCUCUGCCAAUCAGACGUCACGUUUCUUGGCGGUUAGCUGCAUGGGGCAGCCCUUUGCCCUGCAGCACCAUUCUGCUCUCAGUGCAGCGUGCCAGAGUCUAUAAUGAGCACAAAAAGCUGACCCGUGGUGCCCUCAACAGGCAGAACCUCGCAAGAACACGCUUUUCACCUUCAGAGCGCCGCUAUGGCUACUUCAAACAGCCCGCUCAACGCCUCUACAACUACUGAGGAAAAAUCAAUUGCAUCUUAAACCACUGAACAACCAGCCGUUUGAUAAAUAAAUAGUUGUUUUUCAUGCCAUGAAACCAUUCCCAAAUAUGGAUGGAUUAAGAAAAACAUUUUGUUAAAUGCAGUGUGGUGUUAUCUUAAGGUGAAAGUCUGACACUGAAAUAAGCAUGUUACAAAAUUGCAAGCGAGUAUUAAUAGAGUUUGUGUGCUUCUAUUUUAGUUUAGCUGUGACUGGUGCAUGAAUAUUAACUGAAAGAAAAAAAACAUUCAGUGCUGAAGCCUAAAAUAAAUUAAAGACUGUACUGUACAAGGCAAUGCAUUUUUUACAUCAAAUAUUAAGGUGUUAUUCGUGCUUAAAGUGAUAUGCUGUGAUUUACCGCCAGUGAUUCAUAUUGUUACAACUGUUAUUUGACUUUGUAUAUUUAAAUGCCUUUUUGGUGUUGCUUUAUUUUUUAUCUUCAAGAACGUAUUUGAUAAAACCUUUUAAAAAGUGAAAAAUAAAUAUUUUAUCUUCA